AUGUCUGCAAAGCAAUCCACAAAGUCCAACAAGCGUUCAACUCUCUCAGACGUCGUCACCCGUGAAUACACUGUCCAUUUGCACAAACACGUCCACAGCAGAUCCUUCAAGCGCCGCACCCCCUGUGCAAUCAAGGCACUAAAGGAAUUCGCAAAGAAGCAGAUGGGAACAGAUGACGUCCGCCUCGAUCCCUCUCUCAACAAGCAGCUCUGGUCUCGUGGUAUUCGCAGUGUCCCUCACCGUGUCCGCGUCCGGAUCUCCCGCAAGCGCAAUGACGAUGAAGAUGCCAAAUUCAAGCUCUACUCUCAAAUCAGUUUUGUCUCGGUCCCUAGUUUCAAGGGCCUGGAGACAACUGUUGUGGACGAUGAAUAA